CUUUGUCCACUCAGCACUCUUCUCUCUCCAUCUUUCACAUGGGCCUCUCCCACCAUCGGGUCUCAGCCCCAUCUCUCUCUCUCUCGGCCCCCCUCAUUAUUUCUCCCUCUCCCUCCGCCUCUCCAUCUCUCCUUCCUCCCCCUCCCUCCCCCUUCCCCCCUUUCCUCUCCCUCCCUCUCGGCUCCAGCAUUUCCCCUCGGCGGCCAGCGGCUCCGACAUCAUGCUCCGGCUCCUCCGGCCGCUGCUGCUACUGCUGCUGCUGCUGCCUCCCCCGGGGUCCCCUGAGCCCCCCGGCCUGACCCAGCUGUCCCCGGGGGCGCCCCCGCAGGCCCCCGACUUGCUCUACGCUGACGGGCUGCGCGCCUACGCCGCCGGGGCUUGGGCGCCGGCCGUGGCGCUGCUGCGGGAGGCGCUGCGGAGCCAGGCGGCGCUGGGCCGGGUGCGGCUGGAUUGCGGGGCGAGCUGCGCGGCCGAUCCGGGCGCCGCGCUCCCCGCCGUGCUUCUCGGGGCCCCGGAGCCCGACUCCGGGCCGGGACCCACACAGGGGUCCUGGGAGCGACAGCUCCUCCGUGCAGCGCUCCGCCGCGCAGACUGCCUGACCCAGUGCGCAGCACGGAGGCUGGGCCCCGGGGGCGCGGCGCGGCUUCGCGUGGGGAGCGCGCUCCGGGACGCCUUCCGCCGUCGGGAGCCCUACAACUACCUGCAGAGGGCCUAUUACCAGUUGAAGAAGCUGGAUCUGGCAGCUGCAGCAGCACACACCUUCUUUGUAGCAAACCCCAUGCACCUGCAGAUGCGGGAGGACAUGGCUAAGUACAGACGAAUGUCGGGAGUUCGGCCCCAGAGCUUCCGGGACCUGGAGACGCCCCCACACUGGGCAGCCUAUGACACAGGCCUGGAGCUACUGGGGCGCCAGGAGGCAGGACUGGCACUGCCCAGGCUAGAAGAGGCUCUGCAGGGGAGCCUGGCCCAGAUGGAGAGCUGCCGUGCUGACUGCGAGGGGCCGGAAGAGCAGCAGGGGGCUGAAGAAGAGGAGGAUGGGGCUGGGAGCCAGGGGGGCCUCUAUGAGGCCAUUGCAAGACACUGGAUUCAGGUCCUGCAGUGCCGGCAACGUUGUGUGGGGGAAACAGCCACACGCCCUGGUCGCAGCUUCCCUGUCCCAGACUUCCUUCCCAACCAGCUGAGGCGGCUACAUGAGGCCCAUGCUCAGAUGGGCAGUCUGUCCCAGGCUAUAGAAAAUGUCCUGAGUGUCCUGCUCUUCUACCCGGAGGAUGAGGCUGCCAAGAGGGCUCUGAACCAGUACCAGGCCCAGCUGGGAGAGCCAAGACCUGGCCUCGGACCCAGAGAGGACAUCCAGCGCUUCAUCCUCCGAUCCCUGGGGGAGAAAAGGCAGCUCUACUAUGCCAUGGAGCACCUGGGGACCAGCUUCAGGGAUCCUGACCCCUGGACCCCUGCAGCUCUCAUCCCUGAGGCACUUAGAGAAAAGCUCAGAGAGGAUCAAGAGAAGAGGCCUUGGGACCAUGAGCCUGCGAAGCCAAAGCCCUUGACCUACUGGAAGGAUGUACUUCUCCUGGAGGGUGUGACCUUGACGCAGGAUUCCAGGCAGCUGAAUGGGUCGGAGCGGGCGGUGUUGGAUGGGCUGCUCACCCCAGCCGAGUGUGGGGUGCUGCUGCAGCUGGCUAAGGAUGCAGCUGGGGCUGGAGGCAGGUCUGGCUAUCAUGGUCGCCGCUCCCCUCACACCCCCCAUGAACGCUUCGAGGGGCUCACAGUGCUUAAGGCUGCGCAGCUGGCCCGGGCUGGGACAGUGGGCAGUCAGGGUGCUAAGCUGCUUCUGGAGGUAAGCGAGCGGGUGCGGACCUUGACCCAGGCCUACUUCUCCCCGGAACGUCCCCUGCAUCUGUCCUUCACCCACCUGGUGUGCCGCAGCGCCAUAGAAGGAGAGCAAGAGCAGCGCAUGGACCUAAGUCACCCAGUGCAUGCAGACAACUGCGUCCUGGACCCUGACACGGGAGAGUGCUGGCGGGAGCCCCCAGCCUACACCUAUCGUGACUACAGCGGACUCCUCUACCUCAACGAUGACUUCCAGGGUGGGGACCUGUUCUUCACGGAGCCCAACGCCCUCACUGUCACGGCUCGGGUGCGUCCUCGCUGUGGGCGCCUUGUGGCCUUCAGCUCCGGUGUCGAGAAUCCCCAUGGGGUGUGGGCCGUGACCCGGGGACGGCGCUGUGCCCUGGCACUGUGGCACACGUGGGCACCUGAGCACAGAGAGCAGGUAAGGAGUGGGGUAGGAAGGCUCACAGUCGGUGAGGGUCAGGGGCUGAGCUGGCCCAGGGCAGGUGGGUGCAGGGAACUGGCCACACUCUCCUCCCCAACCCCAGGAGUGGAUAGAAGCCAAAGAACUGCUGCAGGAGUCACAGGAGGCGGAGGAAGAGGAAGAGGAAGAAAUGCCCAGCAAAGACCCUUCCCCAGAGCCCCCUAGCCGCAGGCACCAGAGGGUCCAAGACAAGACUGGAAAGGCACCUCGGGUUCGGGAGGAGCUGUGAGUGGCUGAGCCAGCUCCUUGAGGAUGUGGCCACUUGACUUGUGGAAGGCCAUCUUGAUGCCAGGACCCACGGGAAGCCUCUGUGUGACAUCAGGAGCAGAACAGCAAGCUCUCUGUCCCUGCACCCCCACCAUCUUGGGGACCUACAAGGGCCUGGACUCAGAGGACAGUGCAUAGGCUAGCCUGGAGCUCACCAGGCCUGGGGAGCUGGGACUGGGCCCAGCUGCCGGACCUGCAGCCCUGGACACAUGGGGAACACUGUGCCUCCCUGAACGGAAAUGGCAGGGGAGGAGGCUGAUGCUUUAAAUGAAGGGAUGGUGGGGUUGGGGGGUAUAACCCUGCUCCUCUCUCCCAGUCUGUGCAAUAAAGGUCGUGAAGAUCUCUCA